CGGAGACUCCAAUGCGCUGAACUGGUUCCUUGAAUAAAGGCCCAGUAAGCUGAAUUUGCGACCUCGUUUACUGCAUUCUCUCGCACAGUCCUGUUGUUCAUUGUAAGUGUGAGAACCAGGAGAACAUCGUUUUCAACACCUUCCUCUACACUUCCUCGCCCUCAAUAACCUACUCCAAACCCGCCCAUAUCCUAUUGUAAACGCCAGGCAUCCAGGUUCCGCCCGGACCUCGUCCCUAUUAUAGCCCCCCAUGGCCUCCCUCAACACUUCUACCAAUGGCCCUUCGAUCUCUAAAAGCUACCAAGCUGUCGUCAAUGCUCCUGCUCCCUCUGGGGCGGCCGCGAGCUCCCCAACUUAUGGACAAUGGGCAAUCUUCUCGGUGUCAGCUCCUUUGGCGAAUGCAUUUCAGCAAGAUUCGGCGAACAAGGAGAGUGUCCUUAAAGUUCAAAGUACCGGCGAGGGAGAGCUCAUUGAUUUGGUAGACGAGUUCUCGGACGGACGGAUACAGUUUGCUUUUGUCAAGGUCAAGGACUCGAACACCGGUCUGCCCAAAUGUGCCUUGAUUGCUUGGUGUGGAGAGGGAGUACCGGAAAGAACGAAGGGAUAUUUCACCAGCCACAUGAAUACCGCUGCGAAACUCUUCCACGGCUAUCAUGUACAAAUAACUGCAAGAUCGGACCGGGACCUCACGCCCGAAGGGAUCAUUCAGAAGGUUGCCGAUGCGUCUGGUUCCAAAUACUCCUCCAGCAGCUCUGCCCCUCCGCCAGUUGCAGCGUCCACGAAGCCUUCUGUUGCCUCAAAACCUGUCUUUACUCCAACGCAAAGCAGCGGUGUAUCUGGAGGGUACAAUCCCCUUGGACGGACGGCACCAAAGCGGGAGACCAAUGUCGAUGAGGAUGGUUGGGGAGCUGACGCACCCCCGGUAGUUCGUACGCAAUUGGAAAAAGUCCAACCAGCCUACCAGCCUACAAAGGUCAAUAUGAGGGAGCUCACAUCUCAACCGACUCCACCGACAGUUAGUAGCAGCCAGGGAGAUGACAGACCUGAUGUGGUCAAAGGUGCAUAUCAACCGGUAGGAAAGGUCGAUAUCGCCGCUAUUCGACGCCAGGCUCAAGAGUCUGGCCAGCUACGUGAUGAUCGACCAACUAUUGUGAAAGGAUCUUAUGAACCGGUUGGUAAGGUUGAUAUCGCUGCGAUCCGGGCCAAGGCACAAAAGCCAGAAGACUCUCUUGACUAUUCACGGCCUGCACCGGUUUCUGCUUCUUCUACCGGCCCAGCUGAAGAACCAGAACGGCCACGCUCGCUGGCCGAGCGGUCAGCUGCCUUUUCUCAGGGUCCAGAGCGCCUUACGUCUUUACCCAAGCCAAAAGUAGCCAACAAGUUUGGCGGAGGUUCGACAUUUACGGGUACAAAAGCGCCGGUCCCAGGAGGUUUCGAGGCUAAGCCAGUUGCUCCGGCGGCGCCAGUAGGAGCAGCCAGCAGAACGUUCGCUGACCAAGGAGGCAAGACACCUGCGCAACUUUGGGCUGAGAAGAAGGCGCGCGAAAGAGGGCUUAGUGGGUCUGGAGAGCCGCCUCUAUCUCCGUCUGGGUAUUCCGGGCAGAGUCCAAUUGUCUCACAAAAGAGUGGUGAUGGAGGAUGGAAGAGCAGUUACACGGGCAAGAGCUGGGCGCCUGUGCAGACGACACACACGGGCCGCAGCAGCAUCGGCCAACAAGUCACCGGGGGUAGUGUAAGCAGAGAACAAGAGGAGGAAGUCCCUACUUCACCCAGUGGCGGUUUUGGAUCUCUUCGCGAUCGGUUCAGUGGUGCUCCUCCGAUGGGCGCUCCAGCUUCUUUCGACCGGGCGCCGCCCCCCGCACCAGAACCUGACACAAGCAACAAGCCCAACCGUGGUAUCCCGAUCCCAGGUCUAUCUAUGCCACAGAACGAGCCAGAGGAGGAGAGCGCCCCUGCGCUGCCAACUCCACCUCCGCAGCCUCGAAGCCCUACUCCUCCCACUCCAGACAUGAGAGAAGCAUCGCCUAUUCGAGUAGCAGUGCCGGUCAGUGCGUCGGCAGCCCCAGCCGAGGUCGCCGACGUGCACGACGAACAACUAUCUCCACCACCCGCCAUGCCGGCCGCGUCGAUGGCCAGAGCCAUCCCUACACCUGCUGCAGAGGAUGACGAGCCUGCGCGCGAGCCAGACUUUGGCAGAGCUGCCGCGCAAGCAGAGGCCGCAGCAACUCUGGGCCAGGAAGCGGUUGAAGCUGCACCUGCAGCGGUCCCUGGCGGUGAGCGGGCGAGAGCCGAAUACGACUACGAAGCCGCGGAAGACAACGAAGUUUCCCUACGUGAAGGUGAACUCGUAAGUGACAUUCAGCGAAUUGACCCUGAUUGGUGGCUAGUAAAGAACGAGGCGGGACAAACCGGGCUUGUUCCAAGCAACUACUUAACUAUGCUGGAGGAAGACGAGCCGGCCGCUGCUGCUCCACCGAGUGCAGCGACACCCGCAGCAGCUCCAGCAGCUCCAGCAGCGCCCCAGCCUGCUGCCUCACAUGGUGCAACUGCGACAGCACUUUAUGAUUAUGAAGCAGGAGAAGACAACGAGCUGUCAUUCCCUGAGAAUGCCGUGAUCACCAAUGUGGUAAGUUUUGGCAUCUGCUGGAGUGAGGUUUUUCGCUGGCUAACAGAUCGUCUCCAGACGUUCCCUGAUGAGGAUUGGUGGCAUGGCGAGUACAACGGAGACUCGGGACUCUUCCCCGCGAACUACACGAAGCUGGACGAAUGAGACUACCUAGAUGUGCUCUGAAAGGGAUGUUGGUGGUGUUGACAUUGGGGUUGGAGGAAAAAAGCCUUGCUAGCCAAGUCAGUUAGAACCAAAAAAUGAUGAUGUUUUUCCUCCC